AUGAUUAUAUUAGAUUUUUUAGACCCAAAUAAUGAACUUAUCCAUCAAAGGUUUUAUAGAGAAAACUGUAUCGAAAUUGGAAAAAUUUUAAUUAAAGAUAUCAGAAUAUUUGAUAGAAAAUUGAAAAAUAUUGUGAUUAUUGAUAACUCAGUUUAUGCGUUUGGAUAUCAACUUGAUAAUGGAAUCCCUAUAAUAUCAUGACAUAACAAUAAACAUGAUAAAGAACUUUUCAAUCUUAUUGACUAUCUUGAAACACUGUCUAAAGUUGACGAUAUUAGAGUCCUAAAUAGGCAUGUGUUUCACCUUCACACUUUUUAUGAAGAUUGUGUAGAAGAAUUCAAUUCUUAG